AUGGGUGCCGACUACUACAAGGUCUUGGGCAUUCCUCGGGACGCCGGCGAAGAUGAAAUUAAAAAGGCAUACAAGAAAAUGGCUCUGAAAUGGCAUCCAGACCGCAAUGGAGGGUCUGAAGAAGCCUCGAAGAAGUUCAAGGAGAUUUCAGAAGCAUUUGAAGUCCUCAGUGAUAAGAACAAACGAACUAUAUACGACCAAGUUGGUGAAGAAGGCCUCAAAGGCGGAGGGUCUGCGCCUGGUGCUGGUUUCCCUGGAUUUGCUAGUAGUUCAGGCUUCCCAGGGGGGUCCACAUUUACAUUCACGUCUGGACCUGGUGGCGCGCCGACAGGUGGAUAUGCACCAAGUGACCCGCAAAAAAUAUUCGACCAGUUUGGCGGUUUCGGGGGCAUGGGUGGCUCUGGAGGUAUGGGUGGUAUGGGCGGUUUCGGUGGCAUGGGCGGUGGCAGGAGUGGUAUGAGUGACAUGGGCAGAAGUCCAAAUAUUUUUGAUGACGACGAUAUAGGUGGUGGUGGGUCUUUCUUUGGGAUGCCGGGGGGCAUGCCAUCGGAGCGACAAUCUCCUAGACACCAAUCGUCUACUUCAACAUCAACGUCAGCCCCUUCAGAAACCACUCGCCCACUGAAGUUAUCACUUGAAGAAUUAUAUUCGGGUACGACCAAACACCUGAAGGUCAGCAGACGGCUAUUGAACGGCUCUACGGAGGAGAAGGUGCUUGAAAUUCAGGUUCUCCCGGGCUGGAAGAGCGGCACAAAGAUACGUUUUCCUCGAGCCGGCAAUGAGCAGCCGAACGGCGAGGCUCAAGAUCUAGUAUUCGUCAUGGAGGAGAAGCCACACGAGGUUUUCACACGGGAAGGAGAUGAUCUGAUUUGCCGUCUCAGAAUACCCUUGGUGGACGCACUCACAGGCGUGGACGGAAAGAAGACUGUCGCUAUUCUGGACGGCCGAAAAUUGCAGAUCCCAUUGCCUGGUGGCGUGGUGAAACCCAACCAGGAGACAAGAAUUUCUAACGAAGGGAUGCCGAUUAGGAAGCAGGGCAGCACGAAGAAGAAAGGAGACCUAAUAGUACGAUGGGAUGUCAUAUUCCCAGACCGUCUUACACCCACACAGAAAGAGGGGCUGAAGAAGUUGUUGGGGUAA